AUGGCUUUCUAUGUUGCGGUGCAUUUGCGUAGGCGCUUGAAACGGUGCGGUAGAGCCAGCAGUGGGGACCGUCGCAAAGGGCAGCGAUGGGUGGUGCCAGCAAGGAUGUCACAACGCUCCCAGCCGCUACGCUACACCCAAGCGCCUCGAGAGAAACUGCGUACGCAAUUGCACCGUGUUUCAGGUCGUUUUGACCCUACUGUAACGAGCAUGCUUCGGCGUGUUUUUCAAAGCAGUGUCUCCUUUUCUCGAAGUGUAUCCUGCUCAGCCUCAUAUAGAUCGAUAACAAAUAAUACAGUGGCACCAGCAGAAGAUCCAUUGAAAGGUUUAAUUGAUUCGCUUUCCUCCGAAACGAUCUCUCAUGUAGAGAAAGGAUCUACUCCCGCCUCUAAAUUCGCAAAUAUUCAACAAUUGAAAGUAUGGCUUGGGAAGCGUAAGGACCACCUAAGCCCUCCAGAUUUUUUGGGAAUUCUAAAAUCUGCGUUGCUUCUAGACAAAGAGAAACAUUCUGCUCCAGAUUUCAUAAAAAGUUGUGGAAAAGAGCCAAAAGAGGCAGAAAUAAUGGAAAUGGCGGUGGAUGACGAUCUCAUUGCAAUGAUGACUGCUCUACUAGAGCUUGGGCUGAGAAACGAACCAAUUUUCGAAAUUUUAGAAAAAAGACUGUUAACUAAUCUUAGAGAAGGUGAAUUUUCACUCCCACUCAUCGUGCCCUUUGUCAUUGCAUGCAAUCGUGGUGGAUAUGAAAUAUCUAAAGAACUGAAGGCGGUUUUAAAGGAGGUCUUAGUUACCCAAAUAAAGGACAUUGAUAAUGCGAAUAUGCUGAUUGCUGUACUAAGUCAUUGGGACCAAAACGACAAAGAAGUAUCACGAGCGGCUGUUGCUAAGACCGCUGAAUUGUUAGGCACUGAUGUUUCUUGUUGUGCUCUCACCGUCGGAGAAAUGUGUUCGUUAAUGAACAAAUUGGCUGAGAGAAGUAUUCGUGACAAGAGACUACUUCCGCUUCUCUGUGCUCGGAUUACGGAUCAUCGUUCUGCGUUAUCUGUGCGCCAACUGGUAUCGCUGGCGACUUCUUGUGCAAAACUAAAUUACUACGAUGCUCGAGUCCUGCGUCGCCUCGCUAAUGAUCUGCUAGUUGAUGUUAACAAUUUUUACAGUUGGGCGGAUGUAUCGUCGUUGGUGGAUUCGUUCACUAGGUUACGUUUUGGAGAAAUGCAAGCAUGGAAUGCGCUUGCAAGUUGGGUAAAUAGUCAUGUGAAUUCAGCACCUCUCGAGUCACUUUCAAUCGUCAUUGCGGGUAUGGCCAGAAAUGGUAUCGAGGAAUGUCGUCCAGCGGCGUCGAAGUUGUCGCAACGAGUGCGGCGUGAGUCGGCACCGUCGCAAAAUGCUUGGCUUAGCACUGUUCAUUCUCUAGCUUUCUUUCGCGUACUUACUCCCGAGUUAGCAGAAUCUGUGUUGAACAAGGACUUCGUGUCUCAGCUCUUGGAAUCAUCCAAAUCCGCCGGCGAGCGUCUCUUCAAAGCGACGAAAUUGCUUCAAGUAAGCUCAUGUGCUGAGGUCGAUCUCGGCGGUUCCUACAAUGGCCCUCGGUUGGGGUUCCCCGAAUUGGAACCAUUCAUUAAAUUCGACGACGAAACGACGAGGCUUGCACGAAUGCUCAAGUACGGAAAAAAGGAGAUAGAAGCAUGUAAUCAUUUCCUUUCUGAUGUCGUAUUCAAAAUGGGAUCACCAUCUUCUCACAUUUCUCCAUCGUGCAUAGAUCGAACAGGAAUUUUGUUCGAUGCUCGAAUUGUCUGUGAAGAGGGCAGCAGUCGUUUAGUAGCGAUUAGCAAGUGGGGUGAAGCUUCACCACGACCAAUUAUUUUCUUUGGAUGGGGUCAAACGCGUCAGAUUGCUUCCGAUGAUGCACGAACAGAAUCGAAUGCCCUUUUAGGGUGGGAUCAACUGUCUCUUCGCCUCUUACGAGCCAGAGGUGUGAAACCAAUAGUAAUAUUGCAUAGUGACCUGUCUCCUUUAUCUUCUACUGCUGAAAAAGUCCAGUUCCUGAGGAGAAGAAUUGUAGAUUCAUCUUGA